AUGAUCUCCUAUGUUCUGCCAACUCAGCUACAUCUGAGGUCUGCUUCGGGUGAUCUGAGGCCGCUCGCAAUCCUUACGUGGACAUUUCUCUUAGCAGUAGCCUCGAUAUUCUGGCGGAUCCUUUACGCCUUUUUCCUCUCUCCAGUCCGUAACGUCCCUGGUCCUUUCUGGUCCAGAGUCUCGAGCAUCCCUUACCGAUGGGCGACAUUCCGAACAGCUAGAACGGAGUAUUCUCAUGCUCUCAUUGAGCGCUAUGGGCCGAUUGUGGUGAUCGCUCCCGACCAGAUUCAUACCAAUGAUGAGACUGCGAUGAAGACAAUCUACAACCGUUCUUCAAUCAAAACGAGCUUUUACACUAAAAUGGGCUCUUGGAAAGGCGUUGUCACCACAUUGGGCAAAUUGGACUACACUUCGGCAGCAUCAACUCGCAACAAUCUGCUGCAGUGCUUCCAGAACAGAAAUCUUGAUACGCUCACUCAAAAUAUCGACUCUCACGUCCUCAAGUUUGUCAAGAUUCUUUCUGAACAUGCAGACAAGGGAGAGAAUGUUGAUGGUGUCGUUUGGUUCCGCCUCCUCGCCCUCGACAUUGUUACCGAUGUCCUUUGGGGUGACCAGACCAAUCUACUUGGUAAUGCAAGCUCAUCUACUCCAGACUUCUUACGUCGCUUUCAUGCCUUCAGCAAGUACAAUGCUCUCAAAAGUUUCAUCCCGCCAAUCGAGACUUGGGUAAAGUACUUUGGCAAUGCUACGUGGAAACAACUUCGUCAAGAUUGUCUUGAUAUGGAUGUUACCGCUCACGACGCCUUGAUCAAGUGGAACGAAAAAGACACCAAAGGGCAUGACAGAGAUGUCUUGUCUAUGCUCUCUUCCAUGCAAGCGGAUGGCACAUCAGAUGCAAAUAUGCCUCAAGCCCACAUUCCAGCCUACAUGGUUGAGAUGAUGGCCGCUGGCUCUUCAACGACUUCUCACACUGCCACUUUCGCUUGCUGGGCCUUGACCAACUUCCCAGAGGUCCAAAAGAAGCUCCGUCAAGAACUCUUCGAGGCUUUCCCGGAUGCCGGGGAGCUUGACAUGCGUAAAUCUCAGAACUUGCCAUAUCUCGAUGCCGUCAUCAAGGAGACCAUGCGCAUGUGGCCGAUGAUCCCCGGUCCACUAGAGAGAUACCUUGGCGGUUCAAUCACUGUGAACGGUCUCAGCGUUCCACCAGGUGUCAUCGCUUCCACAUCAGCUUACAGUCAAGGACGCAAGGAAGACGUCUACAAGAAUGCCGACAAGUGGACCCCUGAUCGUUGGUUGAAAGCUGAUGAUAGGAUGAAGCUCAAUUGGACGCCCUUUGGACAUGGUUCACGUAUCUGUCCGGGCAGCAAUCUCGCCAUGACUGAACUGAGAUAUAUGCUCUGUGCUAUCUUUAGAAACUUGAGAGCUAUUCAGCCUACGGGCCAUGAGAAUGAGCCUAUUGAGAUGAUGGAUGUCUUUGCUGCUGGCACUAAAUCCGGUCAUUGUUGGUUGAAGUUUGAGAAGGAUGAUAAGACCGCUUGA